GGCACGUGGCGAGAUGCGACGGUGGCCGCGCACGCUGCUCGCGCCGCUGCUGCUGCUGCUUUGUGUGCUAGCGCGCGCGGCGGACUGGGAGCUCGCGCUGCUGCACACGAACGAUGUGCACGCGCGCGUCGAGGAGACCAACAAGGACUCGGGCAAGUGCACGAAGCCCCCCUGCUUCGCCGGCGUCGCCAGGAGGUUCACGAAGAUCAAAGAGCUGCGGAGCGCGGAGAAGAACGUGCUGCUGCUGGACGCGGGGGAUCAGUUUCAGGGCACCGUGUGGUUCAACUACUACAAAGGAGCCGAGGCGGCGCACUUCAUGAACAAGCUCGGCUACGACGCUAUGGCUCUGGGUAACCACGAGUUUGAUAAUGGAGUGGAUGGUCUGAUUAAGCCCUUCCUUCAGGAGGUUAACUGCUCCGUGCUCAGCGCUAACAUAAAGCCUGAUAGCACUCUCGAGGCAAUGAUUAGCGGACGUUACUUGGCCUCUAAAAUCUUGACCGUCAACUCUGAGAAGGUGGGCAUAGUGGGAUACACCUCCAAGGAGACGCCCGCCCUGUCUCUCCCAGGACCACACCUGCUUUUUGAAGAUGAGAUCCCAGCCUUGCAGCGUGAGGUGGACAAAUUGAGCACUCUAGGUGUUAACAAGAUCAUCGCUCUGGGCCACUCUGGAUUUGCUGUGGACAAGGAAAUCGCCAAGAAGGUGCGGGGAUUGGACGUAGUCAUCGGAGGACACACCAACACAUUCUUAUACACAGGGACACCUCCAUCAACAGAGGUGCCAGCUGGGCCCUAUCCAUUAAUGGUACAGUCAGAGGAUGGGCGUCAGGUCCCAGUGGUGCAGGCCUAUGCCUUUGGGAAAUACCUCGGCUACCUCAAAGUGACCUUUGAUUCGGCUGGAAACGUGAUAAAGGCUGCAGGAAAUCCCAUUCUUCUUGAUAGCUCAGUACCAGAGGAUCCAGACAUCAAGGCCGAGGUGGAUUCCUGGAAGACAAACUUGGCUAAUUACUCGUCUCAGUAUGUGGGGAGAACACUGGUUUACCUCAAUGGAACCUUUGAGGAGUGCCGCUUCCGUGAAUGUAACCUGGGGAACUUGGUCUGUGAUGCCAUGGUUCAUCACAACAUCAAAUAUCCAGAUGAAGUCCAGUGGAACCACGUGAGCGCCUGUAUUUUGAAUGGAGGAGGGAUUCGAAGCCCCAUUGAUGAGCGUAACAGAAAUGGUACCAUCACCAUGGAGGACGUGAUUGGUGUGCUGCCGUUCGGUGGGACAUUUGACCUGGUUCAGCUGAAGGGCUCCACUCUGUUUCAGGCCUUUGAGCACAGUGUGCACAGAUACGGAGGAAACACUGGAGAGUUCCUGCAGGUCUCAGGGUUUCAGGUUGAGUAUGACCUGUCGAAAUCCCCUGGCAAGCGAGUGAAGAACGUGAGGGUUUUAUGUACUGAGUGUCGGGUGCCUCGCUAUGAGCCUUUGGACGCCAACAAGGUGUAUAAAGUGGUAAUGCCGUCUUAUUUGGUGGACGGGGGCGACGGAUACACCAUGAUCAAACCGCAGAUGCUCAAGCAUGACAGUGGUGACCUGGACAUAUCUGUGGUGUCCAGCUACAUCUCAGAGAGGAAGAGAGUUCACCCUGCGGUGGAGGGUCGUAUCCUCAUCUUCAACUCUGCCAUCGGACAACAAAGUCCCACCACGGCUCUCUUGCUGUUUGUAUUGCUAUGGGCACUGUGUAUGAGCCAGUGAAAUCAGCUCUAUCUUUAUGUUUUGGCUGUGUCUGGAUUGUCUGUUAAGGACUGAUUGGUCUCAGUACAUGCUUCAUGACCAUAGAUAUCCAAUAGAAGUGCUAUAUUAUAAUAAUAAUAAUAAUAAUAAUAGCUAUGUGGAGUUUAAACAAAGCCACUGUGUUUGAUCAGCAAAGACUUAUAGAUCCUCCGGUCUGAAAGCUAGAAGAAAUGCCAGAGGGCAAAUAGCAGUUUAACCUCAAAAAUACCAUAGACAUUACUGCAGGACAUAAUUGAAGUCCAGUGGUUACUGUAAGAAACCUCAUGUAAUUACCGAUUGUAACCACUGCACUGUAAUUAUGACAUCACCGUAAUUAUGACACCACUGUAUAAUCAGAAAUAACCUGAAUUGAUAGUAUUCUGAUGACGUCAUAAUCGUGCUGCUACCAUUUUGUUUGGCAACUCAUUCAGCAGAACUGUGGCUGUUUGUAAAGCCAUAACCGAUCCAGCAAAGGCAGUAAAAUGCAUUUUUAAACACCUUUUAAACCCAUAAAACACAGUAACAGCAUAUUUUAGUGUACAGAUUUAUUAGGGAUUGUAGUAAUGACAAAUGAAAGUUAUAAUUUAAACAGCUAAGAUUUCCUGCUAUGUUCUUAUUUUUGUAAUCCAAACCGCAUACUAGCACACUGAAUAGUAUGCAAACAAUAGCAUAUAUACCAUUAAAAGUGCAGUCAUUAGUGUAGUAGGUGAAGUACAGAAUGGUGUGGUUUGGAACGUGGCAUUAGAUCAGCCAGUCAGAAGCAUUCAGCAGCUCCAAUGGCUGAUUAUAGCUUCGCUGUGCUGCUUGUUAGCUGUCAGUACCGGUUAAACAUCUCCAAACAGAGGGUUUGAGGUAUUUAUUGAUUAAGGAUUCCUAAUUCAGGUAAACUGGUGCCUUAAUUGAGGUUAGCUGAUUUUGGCUUCGUAUUCACCAACUUUAGAAAUUCAUUCUACAUUUAAGGCACCUUAGUGUAACUGUAGCACCAUUUAAGGUGGAACGGAAAAUUCAAAUGAGAAGCUGGCUAAUAAGACGCUUACUUUAGCUUGAUAUAUAUGCUUGAGUUUAUUAUAUAAGAGCUUUGGCAGCCACUUUUUUUAGUUUUGUACAAAACAUCAUGGAUUGUAAUGUUAUAAACUAUGGAGAUGUGCAAUGUAUAUGGAUCCUGUCCACUAAACUUGCUUAGUCUACUUCUUGUAUCGUUUUCCGGAGACUGCAUCUAAAGCGUCUGCAUGUCUUUAAAUCUUUUAAGGGGUCUUUUUGCUUGGCGAUGGUCUUUUUAAUGAUGUAAUCGAAUACUAUGAAUUAUGCAAGGUAAGAUUUGCAUUUCAGCAGGUCAGAAAUGAGUGACAUUUUUAAGAGAAGCUGUUGUUUGAAAUCCUGGCCUAGAAGAGAUUACCAUUGUAACUAAAUGGUAGCUAUUUCAGUAACAUGGUGAACAAAAUCAUUCAGAUUGCUUUUAUGGUUUUCUGGCAGCUAUUUAUUUUCUAUUCCAGUUUUGAGGCAUUACAAAAGUGGUUGUAUACAGAAGUAGUAUGUACAGAACCAAUAAGUCAUUCCACAUAAUCAAUUGGACUGUUUUAUUGUGUUUUUUUUUUAAUCAUGGAGGGGUUUAAAAGGUUAGGCUGGGGAACAGUUUCUCCAUGCUCUGGCUCUGUACCUUCAGGACUUCCUGUAGUCAUUGCUAAACAAAAGUGGGACCUUUAGAGCUGAACACACAGGAUAGAACAGACGCUGAAUGAAGAGUGAAUUCAUUGUAAUGCUGAGUGAACACAGCUCACAGAGUCUCAGACUUGGAGAACAAAGCAUGCUCUGAUUGUUCCUCAGUCACUGCCCCCAUCAGUUGAUGGUGGAUCAGGCAUAAUGCUUCUUUUCCUACUUUUUGUUCCCAUACUUAUAUAUAUUUAUAUAACUGUUUAGUUGUGUCUCUGGGUUUGUAACUUGGUGUUUUCCACUGCUGUUCAAAAGUUGGGAAUCUCCAAUUCCAAUAAUCUAAAGCCAAUUUGAUUUUAAGUGAAUGUGUGAAAUGACGUGUUGCUAGUCCUGUGCCAUUUUGUAGUUUUCAACUAAUUUGUGAGUAGAAAAAGGAAAUUUUAGAUGAUUCCAGAACAAUGAAGAGAGCUGCUGAUGAUUCUGAGAAAGAAGUUAUAAAAAAAAUGAUAGUACAGUGCCUUGUAUUUGAAAAGUGGUGAUCAAAUCGUGAGGUAGAUUAGAACUGGCUAAUAAUGGAUAUUUCCAAUAUAGAAGUUCAACAUUUUAAAGUCGUUUAGACUAUAAUUAAGGCAUCAUGGUUAAUUGUAGUGAAGGUCAUUAAAAAGGGUAAAAUAUGGUGCCUAGUUUUUAAGACUUAUAUAUGUAACUGUGUUAUUGUAAAUAACACAUUAUUCAUAUGACUAUUUAUAUGUGAUUCCAAACUUUUGAGCGAUAGUGUAUUACCACAAGAUGCGGUACAAAAGGAAAACAACCCAGUGCCUUGAUUGUAUCUGUUGGUACACUUUAAUCUUUUGACGGGAUGCCAAGAAUUGGCCACCCAAAAAAAAGAGCAAUAAAACCCUGCUAUAUAGAAAAAA